AUGAUUGUAAAUUUUACAAAAUGUUUUAAAUUAAAUAAAGCUAUUACAAACAAUAUCAGAUUUUUAACAUCAUCUUCAAAACAAUAUAAUAGUAAUAUUAAUAAUAAUAGUAAUUCAUUUUAUAAUAAAAGAUUAUUUUCAACAUCAAAUCAAUCAGAUAAUAAAAAUGAUAAUGAUAAAAAAGAAAAUGAAGAAAAAGAAAACAAACAAACCCAAAAUGAAGACAGUAAAUUAAAAAAUGAAGAUUACUCAAAAUUAACAGAAAAAGAAAAAGAAGAAAAGAUAAACAAGUAUUUUGAAGAAAUUGAUAAAUAUCAUAAAGAAUUAGAAGAAAACAAGGAUGAAAAAGAUGAGAAUGACGAUGGCGAGGAGAUGGAUGAAAGCAAAGAGUUUCCAUCAGGUUUAGAAAGAAGUUCGUUGAUUGUUGAAGAUGAUAAAAAGAAUACUACUCAUAAAAUUGUUUCAGAUUCAUUAGAGAUAUCGGUAAUUGAUGGAAGAGCAAAGUUUAUGGAAGGAAAUAGAUCAAUUUUUUCAUUUUUUUCAUUCUACUCCUCUUAUUUGCCAACCAGAAACAUUCCAUUAUUAAACCCAUUCAUCCAUUUCUGCAAAGAACAAUGUAAUUAUAUCUUUAAAAACAAUCCAUUCUUUAUUGUUAUGGUCCACUGUUUAAAUUCAAAAUUAUUAGUAACCGAACUUUACAAUCGUCUCAAUGAAACACCAAUACCAUCAAAUUUUACUAAAGAAGAAUUUUUAGAAGAAUCGUCCAAAGCCUUAAAACAAAUUUAUAAAUUAGCAGAGAACCAAAAAUCAUUAGAGCUACAAAAGAUUUCUUGUAUCCCAGUAACAUCAAGUUUACUUUCAAUUAGAGAUGUUUAUUACACAAUAGAUCGUACUACUGGUUUAGAUUUUAGCGUACAAGAUGUUUCGAUUGAUAACUUUGAAUUUGAACCAAUUGAUUGCAAGGCAUAUUACACCAUAAGCGAAGAGUAUUUAAAAAUAGAAGCAACCUACAAAGUAGUCUCUGAAAAAUAUAGCGAACAAUGUAAAGAAAACCCAGUUACAGUAAGAGCAAAUUGGACUACCUACUUUAGAAAUGAAGCUGACGAAGAAAUUGAUUGGAAAAUAUUUGGUAUUGAAUUUUUUACCGAUUUUGAUCCAAAAUAA